UCAUAUCAUUUUCCGAAUCGGUUAAACCCCGGAGAAGGGAGAACCCUCUGCUUCGUGCGUCGUUCCUCCAUUGUCGCCGCCGCACCGAGAAGCAACCAUGGCAUUGGCCGCCGCCCUCGCCCGGGCCGCGACGCGCCUCCUCCGCGGGGGCCUCCCGCCUGCCGCCUCCGCCACCUCCGCCGUGCCGGCUCUCUCGCCUCGCAUCCACCGCCAGCUCUGCGGCCUCCCGGCCGCCGACGAGCCCUCCGCUGCGGGGGAAGCCGAUCCGUGGGAGGAGGCCGAGGCGGAGAUCCUCCGCGACGUCAAGCCUACCGUGGAGCUCGUCAAGGACAUCCUCCACACCAGCAGGUAUGAAAAUGGUGGAUUUCUAAGCCCAAAUGAUGAAAAGGUUGUAGUAGAAAAGCUUCUUUCUUAUCAUCCUCAUGCAGAUGAGAAGAUUGGUUGUGGGAUUGAUGGUAUAAUGGUUGACAGGCACCAUGAGUUCAGGUUUUCAAGAUGCCUCUUUGUUGUUAGAACAAACGGCGAUUGGGAGGAUUUCUCAUACCGCAAGUGUCUCCAGGCAUACAUAAAAGAGAAGUAUCCAUCUUACGCAGACAGGUUUCUGCAGAAACAUCUUGUUAAUAGGUACCGUUCCUUGACCUGGAAACACCGAUCCCAUCCUGGAAAUGAUGGGCAUUUUCGUCCCCGCCUUGCAAAAUCCUUUCACAAGGACUGUAUCCUGUUCCUCGACCCCAUUGACCCUGAAUCUUUGUGACUAUGAUCCCACCCAGUACUUACCAUAUUUUAUUCUGAGCUUGUAUUUAAUAACCAGUCUUUCUUCCCUUGAUAUCUACGGAUGUAAUUAUGCGGCUUAGAUUUA